AUGGUGGCGGACGCGGCGCAGCAGGGCCCGCGCGGCCACCGGAGGCGCGGCGGCGGGGACGCCACGCGCGUGCGCCCGCGCGCCUGGUGCUGCUCCUUCGGUGGCGCGCCCGACAGUCCCGACCUCCGCCCGCUGCCCUCCUCGGCCGCGUCCCCGGCAGCGGCGGGGCCGGGGAGGAAGCUGCCGCCCAAGUCCCCAUCGUCGGCGGCGGCGUCCUUCUAUGGCUCGCCGACCUCGUCCAGGCUCGCGGGCCUCGGCGGCCUCAUCGACCCGCGCCGCAUCCUCUCGCCUGGCCGCGUCUCCCCCAUCGACCCCGACGCCGGCGCGGUCCCGCCGCCGCCCCUCCCGGUCCCGCUCCCUCCACCGCCUCCGCCGGCUUCCUCAGUUGAGGAUUCGGCAGCUGUGGGCCCCGCCGAGCAGCCGGCGGCGGUGCUGCUGGCAUCGGCAUUGCCAUCGGCCACGGUGGCGGCGGCGCCGCCGCCGGUGUUGGCCGUGCGGGAGGAGGCGGACGCGGGUGGCGUGCUGGAUCUGAGGCUCUUCCUGCGGGGGAGGGACGGGAGGUGCGUCCUCAUGGAGGUCGACUCCACGGUGCUGUGCGGCUGCAGCGAUUUCUUCGCCGCCAUGGCCCCGCGCGAGGACGCUGCUGGCGCUGGCGCUGUAGGGAAGAGGAUCGAGGUGGACGGGGUGGAGAAUUUGGAUGCUUUCAGGGCCGCGGUGGAGCUCAUGUACGACCCUUAUCCUUUGCGGUGUCUUGCAGCUGCCGGCGUGUCGAGGGCCAUAGAUGUGCUUGAGGUAUGCUCCUCUAUCAUGUUCAGCAAGGGAAUCAAAUCAUGUUUGACAUACAUAGAAGCUGUUCCCUGGAAUGAGAAUGAUGAGGAGAAGCUGAAGAAUCUCUUUGCAAGAUUCACUUUUGACGAAGCAAUAUUCCAGGAUAUACUGGCAAGAUUGCGGCCACACAACUGGAAAAACUCAGAUGACCUCACUGUACAGCUUAUUCAAUCUGUCACUAGCAGCACCAGCACUGUGGCCAGAAAAGACAUGCAAUCUUUGGUAAAUGGUCUUCUAAGCAAAAGUUCAGUCUAUCAAAAGGACUCGUCAGGGCUAAACAAGGAGAGCCUGUACCAGAUCUGUUAUUUAUGUCUGGAGUCACUGGUUGAUCUCUUUGAAGAGGCCAGCGAACCAACAGAUUAUACAGGUCAGGCUGUGGCAGUUAGAGGGAGUAAAUCACUGAUUGAGCGAGUCUCUAGGCAAGCAGAGAACCUCAAUUGGCUCUUGGAGAUUCUAGUAAACAAUGAUAUUGCAGAAGAAUUUGUAGAACUGUGGGCAAAGCAAGACAGGCUCAUUAGGAUGCACAAGCAAGCAUCAGCGAUGGUCAGGUAUGAGCUAAGCCGAAUAUCAGCUGGUGUGUUCAUUGCACUUGGUAAAGGAAAAGUGCAGUGUCGUGGUGACGUACGAAGCCUCCUCUUUCAUGGAUGGUUCAGCACAAUGUUGUUGGAUUUUGGCUGGCUUCAGCGCUGCCCCAAAGGUCUAGACCUAAGAUCGCUGGAGGAGAAUUUAGGGCGAGGCCUUUUAACCCUCCCUCUCAGGCAGCAGCAAUGUUUGUUCGAGGAAUGGUUCCAGUUCUAUGCGACCAAAGGAGCCGAGUGCCCGAACCUUAUUAGAGCAUUCCAGUUUAGCUCUUCCCAUUGUAUGUGA